AGAAAAACCCAAAGUUGAUGAACACCUUUCGAGCAUUAUUUGACAAGUCUUUGAACUCUUAUACUUCUAUAAAUAAAAUAAAAUCCGCUUCUAAACCAUAAGCCAGUACUGUUUGGAAAACAUUGCACGAAUCUUUAAUGCCGAAACGAAAUUUAACGAAGACAUCUAACAAAACAACUACAAUUACAACAAACAAACGAUGAACAACAGCUACACACCCGCGCAUUUAACAAAUCUUAAAAUAACACCUCUCGUUACCAACAACUCCUCAAGCCGAACACAAUUUGACACAACCGCAACAAACACAAAUGAACCAUGUUCGAUCCAAAGUAGACUAGAAUCCACUAACCAAUGCAGUACUCAGGAUCAAGAAGAGGAGGGAGAGGAGACGUCUACGAAAUAUCGGGCAGAGGAGGGACAAGAAGAGGUGUAUACCAGUUACAAAACUAGUUGUAAUAAUAAUAAAAAUAAAAAUAGCAAUAAUAAUGUUAAGAAAUCUGUAUAUACACAAAAUACCAGCGUUGCAAAUACAUAUAUGCCUUUGGACACGAUGACCAGGAGAAGGGCGUCGUGGUCAUUGUGGUGGGGCGGCUGUUUGCGACCAUCAACAGCGGCUUGUGUUACACUUUUAAUAUUAACAACGACAUGUUCCUUAUGUUCAGCCUCCCUAUGUGAAUCGCAAAGUUGGUGGGAUCCAUACAAGGAUAAAUGUAUACCCUGCACUGUGUGCCAGGGCGAUAUGAUACCAUUGAGACCAUGCCAAAUGCAUCGUGACACUGUGUGUGGCUCAAUAUAUGAUUUGAAAAUUGAUUGGGUCGUUUUGUCGAAGACCGAACCCAAUUGGAAGGAGCGACGAAAGUUUGAUGGUUUAGAUUAUGGCUUAGACCACCACCAGUUAACCGCCGAACAAUUGCAACAGCUACAGGAUGAGGCCGAUCCAAUGGAUUGGCAAACGGCUGCACUUUUCUUGGCUGUUUUGGCAUGUCUUUUAUUUUUCAUUGUAGCCGCUUGUAUUCUAGUACAUCAUAUGCGACAAUGGCGACGCAUGGAACGUAGAUUAGAUCAAGAUGUCGAAGAACUUUCAACAAAACUCAUGGCCAAAUUGGCCGAGGUACAAAGUUUAGAGGGUGGUACAUUCUUUAUUGGUAAUGCGGAUGCUUUAAGGAUACCAACGUCAACAACAGCAUUGACAACAGCAACAACAUUUCAUCAACCACAACAUGUUAUGUUGCCAGAAAAAUCGGAUAAACAUCAACAAAGUCUACAACAUGAUCGUCGUUUAUUCACUAAUACAUCAACUUUAAAAUCUGGUAAUGUUUAUAUUGAGGAAAAUAGUUCAAAAUGUUAAAACAAAAGAUGGUGGCUGAUUGACUGUCGAAGUGCCAGAGGCUGGCUAAAAAACCACAACAAAAAACAAAAAUUUUGAAAAUUUUUAAGCGAAACAAUGAAACUGGAACAUACUUAAAAUUAACACACACACACAUACAAAAAAAUUUACAAAAAAGUAAUUCUUAUAAUUAUGUAAUUAAAAUAAAAUUUUACAAAAUUAACAAUAAUAUAUACAUUGUUAAAACGAGUAUGUAUAAGAAGAUGCAAAGUAAAAAAACAAAUAUUAAUGAAUAUCUCAACUAAAAUUAAGGGUCAGUUUUUCUUAAGUAAGGUUAAGUUUUAAUUGCAAAAAUUAUUUAAUUGUAUAAAGUAUACUUAGUUUAAACCAUUUUGAGCUGUUAGUAGUUUAUGUAUAAUACAAAUUUUUAGGCUAAACUAAGUUUAAGUUAAACUGAGUUUAAAUUAAUUUCAAAGAUUUUUGUAUUUGAAUUUUGUAUUCUUUAAUAAUUAUUUAUGGUAAAUUUAACUUAACUGAGUUUAAACACGCUAGAAUCUUAGGUAGUUUUAGUUACAUACUAAAUUACUAGUCAAACUAAGUUUAAGUUAAACUGAGUUUAAAUUAAAUUGCUAAAUUUAUAUUUGAAAUUUUAUUUCUUUUAUGUUUAAACUGAUGGUAAAUUUAACCUAAGUUUAAUCCAGCUAGAACUUAAAGUUAUUUUAGUUUUAUAUGAAAUUACUAGCUUAAGUAAGUUUAAGUUAAACUGAGUUUAAAUUAUUUGUUUUUAAUUGAAUAUAAGCAAUAAAUUUCUUUAAAACUAAAUAAAUUUAAAUAAACAUUGGUUAAACUUAAAUUAUAAUUAGGAACGUUUUAAAAAUUAUGAAUAGUCAACUAAGUAAAGUUUAAUCCUAGUUUGAACUGAUUUCCUUAAAACUUUAAGAAAAUUUAAAUAAAGAUUUGUAAAUUUUUAACUUAAUGGAAAGUAUCUCGAAAGUAAAACUAUUUACUAGUUUGAAGCCCUUUAUCUUAAUCUCUGGUUAUCAGUUAUCAUAUAUUUACGAUAAAUCGAUUAGCAGAUAUUGAGAAAAUACGAGAUCUAACACAAAAUUUCAGAUUUUAACUAAACCUAGUUUAAUCAAGAGUUUAAAUAUUUUUAACAAUUAAAGCAAAAAAAGUUAAAUAUUAACUGAGAUAUAACUAAGUCUAAACCCUAUUAAAACUUUAGUAUGUAUACGACCAAAGUAAUUGCUAAUAAGUUUUAAUUUAACAGAGGCAAACAAACUAAGUUUAACUUAAGCUGAGUUUAAUGCAAAAUAAGUAAAAAUAGUAGAUUUCUUUAAAAGUUUAAACACUUACAUAGUCCAGAUCAACUGGCUACCAGUUUAAACAUAGCUUAAGUUUAGCCCUAACGUUGCAUAAUAAAGUCAAUUAAAACUUAGUUUAAGUAAAACUGAGUUUAGUGUUAAAUAAAGUUUAAGAAUUGCAUGAAAAUCCUACAUCAAAUGGGCAGAACUUUAAAACAGUUCAAGGUUUAACAAAGUUUAUGUUUAGCAGUAACAUUGAAAUUGAAAAGAACUAAGUUUAGGUUAAACUGAGAUCAGCUGCAUAGGAAGUUAAACCAGACCCGUUUAAACUUAGUAUAUGUUUAGGUUGAAUAAGCAAGAUACAAAUUUAUUCUAAACAAAGAAAAGGUAAAACUAAGUUAAACAGAAUUUAGUGUAAAAUUAGUUAAAAGGAAGAAAUGAAAGAUAUCUUCUAAACGCUAAAAAACUGAGAUGUAAAUUUAGCAUCAGGAGUGCAAUAAGUUAACGCUAAACAAGUUUAAUUUCAGGUUUAUGUAAAGUAAAAUGCAAGUUUUUCUUGAAUUAGGUUCUAAUAUAAAAGUUUAAUUAUAUCAUAAUCUACUUGACUGUGUAUAUAAUUAUACAUUUUGGGUCUUAUUUAUAAACAUUUAUCAAAGGUUUAUAAAACAUGUUUAUGAAUAAGGUAGCUUAGAUUUAAACCAAGUUUAGAAAUUAAAUAAUAGUCAAAUUUUCUAUACUGUUUACUUUUGUUUUCAAAAGUGAGUUCACACUAAGUUUUAAUCGAAUAAAACAUCUUAAACAAUACAGAACUUUGCCUAAGUUUAAACUAAGUUUAACUGAAACAUACAUUAGUUAAGUUUAAAGAUUAAAUUUAAUCAAAAAAGUAAAAUUAAAAUAUUAGGAGUUUAAUCAAUAUAAAAUAUUGUCUUAGCUAAACUAUCAUUUACUCAACUUUUGUUUAAACGAGAGAACAGAUAUUAACUUAAUCUUAGUUAAAACGAAAAACAAAUUGUUUAAGUUUAAAGAUUAAACUUAGUUUAAAAAGUUAAAUUAAAACGAAAAGAAUUUAUUAAUAGUAAACAAAAAAACUUUUAAAUAUUAUUAAGGUUUAAAGUUUUUCAGUUCUAGGUUUAAGCUUAGAACUACUAAGGAAAAUAUUAAACCUUAAACAAUUAAUGAAAUAAAAUUGAACUAAAUUUUGAAAUAAAUAUUUGCUUAAGAAUUUUAAAUUGCAAACAUUUUAGAAAUUAUUAAAAUUAAAACAAGUUCUUUUCGAAGGAUUAAGUAAACUAUAAUUAAGAUUGCUGGAUGUUAAUUUAAACUAAGUUUAAAGAGAAAUGGACUUAAAAGAGGAUUAUGAUUAACUACCAGAAACAAUAUUGUAUUUUGAUAAUUUAGAUUAAAAAACUUACAUUUUAUUUUUGAAUUAAACUUGUAAUUUCUAAGAAGAUCAAGAAAAACUUAAACUUAUUUUAAAUAUAAAGGCUUAAAUUACGAAACGUAUAUAUCUCUGUUAAAUAAAAAAAUUGGUUUUUGGGAUUAGUUUAAAUAAGCAGGUUUUAAAUGUAAAGUAAUUUAAACUUCAAUUAACUUAAACUAGGUUUAACUAACAGACAAAAUCUAUAGAACUUAAUAUUAAAUCAAAACGGUUUAAGAAGACUAAUAACCGUUACCAUAUUAACAAGACAAAUGGAUUUGAAAUUUAAACAAUAUGAAUAAAGUUUAACAGUUAUUUAAAUUAAUAUCUUAAACUCAGUUAAAGUAUAGAAAAUAGAAUUUUUAAUUGUUUAGGUAAUGAUACUUUUAGGAAAAAUUUAAAAUUUUAUUGAACUAAAACUUAUUUUAUCCUAAUUCUUUAGUUUUAUAAAGCUCAGUUUAAACUUAGUUUAAAAUCAAGUUUAACAUUACUCCUUUCCUCUUAACAAAAUUUGUAAAAAAUUUAAAUUCUUAACCUUUAUAAAACAAAAACUUGUGUAAACUUCUUGUAUUAACUUAAAUUAUAUACUUGUAAACUUAACCUUAAGCACUGUAAAACUGACCCUUAGAAAAUCUCUUAAUUUAUUAUAUUAAAAUAAAUAAACUUGUUGUCUUGUUGUACUAUUUUUUUCCUUUUCUUUAAACUUUUUGUUUAUUUGCUUUUAAAAAAUAAAUAUAAAAUUCUAAAAAAAAAAAUAAAUAAAAAACUCUUUUACAAUAAUUUUCUAAGUGUAAAUAAAAAUUAAAAAAAAAUCGAAAAAAUACUUUAAUUUAAAACAAAAUUGUUUCAAUUUUGAAAUCGUUUUGAUUUCCAAUUUUCUCAAAAAAAAAUAUUUCAAUGUAUUAUUUUUCUCUUAAAAAACUCUCCUUUUUUGUCCUUUAUUUCCUAUAAUUUCUAAAAUAUAACUUUAAACAAAUUAUUAUUAACUUAAAAAAAUAUUUAAUCUUAAAUAUUAAAAAAAAAAUAAAACAACAAAUAAUUUUACUUAAUGUAAAUAUUUGCUAAAAUAAUUAUUAAUGAUAAUACUAUAAAUUUAAAACAAAACAAAAAUUUUUGAAAAUGAAAAAAAAAUUGAAAAACAAGCGUUUAACGUUUCAAAAAAAAAAGGUGUUGUGCUGCCAUCUUUAAUAUGUUUAGCAACCCCCGCCCCCCACAUCUUUACAGUUGAAGAAAUAAAUACAGAAUAUCUGCUGCAUAUCAA